AUGGACGAGAAGCAGGCGCCUGGGAGGCCUAGCGGGAUCCCGAGACUCUCUCGUCUACCCGUGCCCAAGCCUACUCCCGUUGCCAACACCAAGCCGACUCCUGCUGUACGGCCUUCUCCUUCCCGCGAUGGCCUCAACUCCGGCCUUCGAAACCCCCGUCUUCGACCCGCUGCCUCGCGAGACCAAUUGGCACCGGCUCCUGCUCCUAAGAGGCCAGAGCCCCGGCCUGCCCCGAGGCUGAGACGAGAGAUACCACCACCGUUCACGACCACGAGAAAGCCCGAGGCGAGAGCUCCCGUCAGCUCCUUGAAGAGCGUUCGCAGUAUCCCACGACUCAACGCGGCGGAACCGGCCGUAACCAAGCCUCCGACACCCCCAGAAGAUGCCGAAUACGUCGUUGUCUCCCGCCCAGCCAGCUCUUCGGGACGUACGUCCGAACCCUCUGCUUCGACACCAGAGGUGCCGCCUUUGCCCCAAGAUUCGAGCUCUCCUCCCGAUAACGCCGACCUUGAUCUCCCAGACUUCGGUACGCCGAAGUUCAAGCCACGACCAUCGCUUGCCGAGAGAACAAUGGAGACCCUUUCCCAGCUGCAGUCAUCGCCUGCUCUAAGCAAGAAGCCAUCCUCCUUCUUUGACCAAGAGGGCGUCCUGCGACCCCGUUCUCGGUCUGGCAGUGGGAACUCGAGGCCCGGCUCAAGUUACACCUCCGACGGCUCUCUGCGCCCAACUUCGCGUCAUAGUCGACCAGGCUCAAGCUCCGGCCCCGAAGAGAACCCGUUCGCCGCUCGAGGGCCCAUGGCCGCACCCCGACCUCUGGGUGCCAUCGAGGGCACACCGUCAAGGCGGGUGUCUGGUAUCAGAUCUUUGAAGGCACCAACAAUGAGGGCCACUCCGCAAGCUUCCCCGUCAGCACGGCCGUCUUCAUCAGGGAUCCCAGCCUACCAGAGCCCUAGCCCAACGAGAAGUGCAAUCGCUAUGCCUCCUCCUACAACGACAACUCCGGUGGCUGCGCGUUCUCUGAAGCCUCGAGCAUCCGUCAACGGCCUGUACAAGAAGCCUUCCCUCCCAACGUUGAGCCAACAGUCACCAGCGACAGCCGGCUCUCCUUCCCUGAAGCCAGCCCCGAAGCUGAAGUCUGCCAAGUCAUAUGGUGCUCUCCGAAAGCCUACGCCGACCAAGUCGAGUCUCCCUGCUCCUCCGACGCUAGCUGAGCCUCCUACCAACGAGUUCAGGAAAGCCUCAGCCUCUCUACGCGAUCAAAUUGCCAAGGCUAAGGCUGCGAAGCGUGCGGCGGAUCGUCAAGCUGCGGAGGUCGCUGAGGGCGAAGAAGCCACACCUGCUCCUGCUCCCGUUUCAACGCAGGAAUUAGAAGUACCUGAUCUACCGAAACCGCUCAAAUCCCCAAUUGUGCCAGCAGACGAAGGCUUCGACUUUGGCAUUGGUGUUGCCAUGACCACCGCCCCUGCCCCCUUCGAGACCAGUGACCCUUUCAAUACCAAGCGAUCGGAGAACGCGACCGGAAAGAUCAUCCAGCAAAGAAUCGGAGCUGGUCGAAGCACCGGAAGGCUCAACAUCGCAGCGCUCGGCUUGGAAGAGAUCCCCACUGAGGUUCUCAAGAUGUACGAUAUGGAGUCAAUGGGCACGUAUGACGGCUCAUGGGCCGAGAGUGUCGAUUUGACAAGAUUUGUGGCUGCCGACAACGAGCUGGAGACUAUUGCCGACUCUAUUUUCCCCGAUGUUCCCCCUGAGCAGAUGGCCGAAGACGAGGAUUCCAGCGGCAACAUCUUUGGUGGCCUCGAGGCCAUGGAUUUGCACGGAAACUCGCUGAUUUCCCUGCCGAUGGGAUUGAGACAGCUUCGCUUGCUUACAUCCCUCAACCUGUCUCAAAACCGACUCGCCAACAACUGCUUGGACGUCAUCACCGAGGUCACUGCCCUCCGUGACUUGAAGCUUGCCAACAACCUUUUGUACGGCCCCUUGGACCCCAGCUUCUCCAAGCUUGAGAACCUCGAGAUCUUCGACCUUCACGGCAACGAGGUCUCGUCUCUGCCCGAUGGAAUCGAGAACCUAUCCAGACUUCGCAUUCUCAACUUGAGCAGCAACAGCUUUGAGUCGCUCCCGUUCACAAGUCUUUCCAAGCUGCCCCUGACGGAACUGCUUGCCCAGAAGAACAAGUUGUCUGGCACCCUCAUCGAGGCCGGAGUACAGGCUCUGUCGAACCUCCAGAUGCUUGACUUGUCUUCCAAUCAGCUUACCUACUUGGUGUCUCCGGGCGCCACCAUUAGCCUUCCUUCUGUUCACCAGCUCGUGCUGUCCAUGAACCGACUCAAGGAACUACCCGAUGUCAGCUCCUGGAUCAGUCUCCUGACUCUGACCGCCAACGAGAACGCCAUCCCCGAGUUCCCCACAGGUUUCACUAAGCUCGAGAAGCUCAGGAACGUCGACUUUUCCGCGAACGACAUCCGCGUGGUUCCGCCCGAGAUCAGCAGGAUGGACAACUUGACCAUGAUCCGCCUUAGUGGCAACCCGUUGCGCGACAAGAAGUUCGUCUCUGCUACUACGGAAGAGCUGAAGGAUGUUUUGGCGGGCAGACUUGAGCCGCCUCCGCCAUACCAGGAUGAGAACGCCGAAGCCGCCGCCCCUGAUUCGACCGACUUUGACGAUAUUGCCGACGGGUUCGGGAAACUCACCAUCAAGGAUGCGCCCCCGUUGCCUCCCGUUCCUACCGACGAGGAAGAGCGCUCGGAUGAUAACUUCGCCACGCCCCCGACGUCGUCGACUACCUCACCUGCACGUGCUCGUUCCCAGACUCUGUCCAAGGAGACAUGGCCUGUCAAGCCGGGAGGCCUUCUGGAUCGAUCCAACACUCAAUCAUCCUCACUGCACCCUGUCGUCUGCUCAAAGGUGGCCGCAGACAACAAGGUUCGCGAGGUCCAACUGCACCACAACCUUUUCACUUGCUUCCCGAACUCGCUUUCUUUUUUCGCUGAAACCCUUGGCGCUUUGUCUCUUGCCCACAACCAGCUCGUUGGUGAGACCUAUCUGACUGAGGAGCUCGAGUUGCCGUCGCUGCGUGAGCUGAAUCUGGUUAGCAACCACAUCACCAGCCUCGCCCCGCUGACUACGCACUUGAAUGCUCCGCAACUCGAGAAGAUGGACGUUUCGCUGAACCGCAUCACUGCACUGCCGCCUAACUUGCGACUGGUCUUCCCGCGUCUGGUAGUCCUCUUGAUCGCAAACAACCACUUGAUCGAGCUGGACCCUGACGCCAUCAAGGGCCUCGAGGUUGUUGACGCUGGCAAUAACGACAUCGCUCACCUCAACCCGAGGAUCGGCCUGCUCGCCGGCGCCGGCGGACUGAAGCGUUUGGAAGUCUCCGGCAACCGCUUCAGAGUUCCCAGGUACAGCGUCCUGGAGCGUGGCACGGAGGCGACCUUGCGUUGGCUCAGGGGGCGGGUGCCUGUAGCGGAGAUGGCAUCCUGGAAGGAGAGCCAAGGUGACUCGGGCAACGGCUCCGACACCAGCUUGGCUGAUGUUGACUAG